AAAAUAAAAUAUUCAAUUUCAGUGGUUUGAAAGAAACCACCACCACCUGUCCAGAAGAGGUCAAAAGCAUUUCUGCAGCAGCUCGUGUUUUGAGGGAGGGAUGGCCUGGAAGUGAAGGCAGCUGAAGGGUUUGUUUUGGAAUAAUCUGCUGCAGAUGGUGGAAUUAGUUGUUGAGGCCAAGGAUGCAGCCGAUUGGAUUUACAGAGGAGAAGGAGGCCUGAAUAUUGUUCUUGCCUACGCCGGAUCCUCUCCCAACUUUAUUGGGAAAGUGUUGCGGGUAAGAAAGAUUAAGAAGAAGAAAGAUUCGGAAGGCCCAGCAGCAGCUCUGUCGGAGCAUGAGCGUCUUGUAUGGAAGGAUGUGGGUGGUCAGCAGCUAUUAUCCGCUCCAACCAAGGAUAUUGCAAACCAUGCGUAUGCACAGUUUGUCUUGUGUCCACUCUUGGGUUCCCAACAUGUUGAUGCAGGGGUUCGAGUGUUGGUGACCAAGGAGUUUCUUGAGCUCAUCCACAAUGCUGUUUUACUUCACCGCCCCUCUUGGCGGGUGGAUAAUGGUGGGGUUAAUACCCUCUUGGAUUCUGCACUUCUCAUGUCUGAUCAUUCAAUAUUUCCUCAUGCUAUCCAUGAAGAACAACAAGUCUGCAUAUCAGUUGAGAUUAAGCCAAAGUGCGGAUUUCUUCCAACUUCGGGAUUUAUUAGAGAAGAAAACGCAGCUAAGAGAAGGAUCUCUCGCUUCAGGCUGCAUCAGAUCCUUAAAUUCCAUCAAAGAAAGAUAUCACAAAUUAGUGAAUACGACCCUUUGGAUAUGUUCUCUGGAUCAAAAGGGAGAGUGGCAAAAUCAGUCAAGGAUCUGUUCCUUACCCCUCAAAACAAUUUCCGGGUAUUCUUAGACGGUAGACUUGUAUUUGGGAGUUUGGGUGGUGAGGUGGAUGAUACCAAUACUCAAAUUGCCGAAGCGUUUGAAGACACACUAAAAGGUUUCUUCAAGACCGAUGAUGACGGGGGCAUGCGUAUACCUGAGUUUCUGCAGCUUGUUGCUGGAGCUGUUUCAGAAUCUGGAAUACUGGACCGCCUUCUCCAAGUUCAAAAACUUGAUGCGUUUGAUAUAGAAGGCGCUAUUCAUGCCUACUAUGAUGUGGUGUCUCAGCCGUGUUCCGUGUGUAAAGAAUUACAAACAGAUGGUUACCAUUCCAUUUCUUUUGAUCAAAGCUUGAAGAUCGUGAGAGAUUUUCUUAUAUCUUUAACUGCAAAGGACUUGAGCCUCAUGAUCAGUUUCCGACCAACACCGAAAGGAAACUCACAGUCUCCUCCGUAUGCGGGUACCCUUUACCUUGAAUCACUUAACCAAAGUUUUGAUUACAAGGCAUCUUUUAUUGAUCUGGAUAUGAAACCUCUUGAGAAAAUGCCAUACUACUAUAAGUUGGACCAAGAAAUAGUGAGUUGUUACACCCGGAUGAUGAAGACGGUAAAUCAUCCUGAGAAGUCAGAAAGUCUGUAUCAAGAUCAAUCCUCUGCCAUUGAAGACAACUCACAUACUUGAGGGAUUCUUGUUGUACUUCUGUAUUAUUUGUUUCUUUAUACCUGUGUUAGUAAGAGUUAUGUAACGUUUCUACUAGUGAAAGUUUGUGUGCCUGAUACUUGAUUAUCUUUUUUUUUAUCAGCAAUUCCUAGAUUAGAUUUUCUA